AUGAAUUCGCCAAAGUCGCCUCGGAAUGAAGAUCAUCAUUGGGUGGAACAGACGAUCGAGGUGGAGCUGGGACAGCGAGUGUCGGUGGGGGUGAUGUUGAGCAAUGAAGUCCCGCCCAAAGUGACAAAACUUAUGCCAUCCUCGUCGUUCUUGGGACGAUUGUUCGUCGGAGACAAAAUCUUGUCCAUCAAUGGACAGGUAAGGGUUUUAUGAGUUGGGCAUGACAUAUUGUGCCAAAAAAAAAUUUUUUGUUCAGAAAGGAGGGGGGGGGGAAUCCAAAAAAUUUUUUUUAAUUCACCCUACCCUGCCAAAACCAAGAACUUAAUUUUCAGCCCAUCAAAAACUUUCAAGAGAUGUUCAUCUUGUGUAAGACUGGUAAAGUUACGAUCAAGUUGUGCCGCGACGAGUACUGUAUGGUCAAGAUCAAUCCAUUACCCGCGCCGAAACCCGGCUUUGAAGCCUACGAUCUGGACAUGAAGUGGGGGUUGGGUGGAAUGCCUAUUGGUAUUCUGGUUUAUCAUGUAAGUUAUGAAGCAUACACUGGGUUGUACAAAUAAUUCUGUGCCUUUCUCAAAGCUAAUUUUUGGCGUUAGGAGGCACAGUAUUAUUUGAACGAUCUUUUUUUAAAUUUUUUGGCCUGGAAUUUAAAUUUUAUUCAUAAUUUUAUAUAAAAAAUGUAAAAUUAUGCAGCUGAUUGCUUUUAGGACUCCCAACAACAAGCGAUUGUUAGUAUGAUUGAGGACGGAAGUUUGGCUAGCAACAGUCUUCGACCAGGUGAUGUGUUGGUCGCUGUCAAUGAUGCCAAGAUUGAAGGCAAAGACGCUGCCAAAAAAGUAUGUUUUUUUUUGAAAAAUAGGUAUAAAAAUGCUCAUAUUUUUGCAAAAAAUCAACAAAUUUUUGAAUUUUUUAAAAUCUUACCUAAAAUACAAAACAUUUUUCAAAAUUAAAAAUUUUUUUUUGUCUCCAAACUACCAAAAACACAUUUUCAGGCCAUUCUGGACAGUGUAAACGCGACAAACCGAGUCAAGUUAACCAUCCACCGCCAAAUCGAACGUGACGUUCCCUCCCUCCUCCAACCACCCCCAGCCAGUCCAGGCAACAAACCAGCCGAGCCAGACACGAAAACCGACAAAACGUCCAAUGACAAAACUGAUAAGACUGACCGUUCUCAGGUACUAACAGCCGAUACCAAAAGCGACACGAAUCGAUCGGCAAUCAAAUCUGUCACCGCUUCUGUUGUCAAACCACCACGCCCAAAGCCGAAAGGACUGCCAAUGUUUGACCUGCUACUGCCAGCCGAUGUGUUAGCCAUAAUGGCGGCCAACAAAGACUUUUACAAAAACCCCAAUCCGAAUCCGCCAAUCUUGAAGAAUGCUAGUGCGCCUCCGGGUAAGUCUUUUUUAUUUUUUUUUUAAUUUUAAAAUUCGAUUUUUUUAAAUUUGAAAAAAAAAAUUUAAAAUGUUUUUCGAGCCAUAAAAACAAUGUUGUACUAAAUCUCAGGUGCUGCCCGCAUUGAUUUGAAUGGAAAAGUGGAGGAGAACCAGAUCGAGUUCGAGCCGGGACCAAAAGCGCUUCGCAAGACGCCAAAACGUGUUGGAUCAUAG